AACGUUAAGCUGAGCGCACAAGUUGACUUGUAAUAAUUAGAAUAGAAUACAUAUGUAUUUCCUUGGAGCUGGCGGAAAGUGAACACAGACUGCCGCGAUUUGCGUGGAACUAACUGCCUUGAAAAGUGAAAGUUUGAAAGUGAAUGUGACAAGAUUUUCAGAUAAUCAUGUCUACAAUAGUAGGAUGUAGUCGUCGGAUGUUUUUUUACAUUCUUAUUCUAUUUUGCGGCUUUGCCAAUUAUGCAACGGGUAAUAGAGAUGAGUAUUUCUCAUCUGUAUCGGGCUUAGAAAAAUUACUAACGGUCGAGAGCGAAGUACUAAACGAUUUACAGCAUUACAUCAGUUCGUUGCAAACGCAUAUUGACUGGUUGCAAAGUGAAUUGGACUCGAUUCGAUCCGAACAUCAAACCGCUGCUGACGAUGUCGAUGGAUACCUCAGCAAUCCAGUAAAUGCAUAUCGACUCAUUAAGCGCUUACAUACUGACUGGCGUUCUAUUGAGGACAUUGUUCGGGAGGAUCACACUCAGAUGGAUUUUCUUAACACGAUGGAAGCUAAUCGGAGGAGACUCGAUUUUCCCACCACAGUGGAUAUUGAAGGAGCUGCGGCGGCAUUAGUACGGCUACAGGAUACGUACAAACUGGAUGUUGGUGAUUUAGCGGGUGGGGUUUUGAAUGGGAUGAAAUACGGGGCGUCAAUGACUUGGCAAGAUUGCUUUAUUCUUGGACAUCAUCUGUUUGAGAUGAACGAUUUCAAUCACACCAUCACUUGGUUAAAGCAGUCAGUUCAACUGCUCAAAGAGCAAGAAUACAACCCAGAUCCGAGGACGCUGGACUUUUUGGAAACGGUGGUGGCCUAUCACCUGGAAAUGGGUGACCUCGAAACGGCCUUGGAGCUAGUGAAUCACAUACUGGCCACUGACGCGACACGCGAGCACAUGUUCGAUACUAAGCUUCACUUGCAGCUCAUGAUUAGCGAUGGCGUUAAAACGGGCCUGUUGCAUGAGACGGUUUCGCCCCUGGGCGAUUAUCAUCUUACCAAUGACUUCAAGCUUUACGAACAAGUCUGCCGUGGUGAAUUACACCUGACCGCUGCCGAAGAACGGCAUCUGCGCUGCCGCUUUGAUAGUAAUAAAGUCCCAUAUCGCCUACUGCAACCUUUUAAGGUGGAGGAGCUCUCAUUGGAUCCGAGAAUAGUACAAAUACACGAUGUCAUUUCAGAAAGCGACACUAGCGCUGUGAAGCGGUUGGCCAAAGUGCGCAUGUCUCGCUCCCAGGUGCGCAAUAUCAAUGGGACGCCUGCAUCGACCGCCAAUUAUCGUAUCAGCAAAAGCGCAUGGUUUUCAUAUGAAGAAAGUAGACAUAUGCGGAAAAUUCAACGUUACAUGGGCGAUCUCUCAGGGUUGAAUAUGGCGAAUGCUGAGCAUUUGCAGGUGGCUAACUAUGGCAUCGGGGGACAUUAUGAACCGCAUUUUGACUUCUUCACCGAUAACAGCACAUUUUCGCCAUCAGUAGGAAAUCGCCUUGCUACCGGAAUAUUUUAUUUAUCGGACGUAGAGGAAGGGGGUGGCACAGCUUUUCCCUACCUUCGUCUUCGAGUGAAGCCGCAGCAUGGGAGUGUGCUUUUCUGGUAUAAUUUGCAUCGUUCCGAGGAGCCCGAUUAUCGUACGCGGCAUGCUGCCUGUCCUGUGCUCAAGGGUUCUAAAUGGAUUGCUAAUAUUUGGGUACGCGCGCGUCAUCAAGACCUUCAGCGACCGUGCGACAUUGUGCCUGAUCAUGAAGUGUCGCUCAAAUAUAAAGACUUGCAUUGAGAAAGUAUUAUACUACUACUCAAUUCGUAUUAAACAGUAUUUAUGUAAUGUUACUUGUCCUCGAAUUUAUGUAUGAAAAUAUGUUAUACUCGUAUGAAAAUCUUUUUUAAAAAUGUGUUAUUCAAUUGUGUCAUUGUUAAUGGGUAGGAAGGGAAUUUAA